AUUGGCUGCGCUGCAUCCCGGUGGGGUUAAUCCCGGUGGUCAUAUCGUGUGCACCAGCCGGCACUUUCAGAAAGAAAGGAUCGGAAUUUUCCAGGCACAUAGGCGAAGAACUGACAGCGAGACACAUCCGAACUCUCUUCUUUUAAGCGAAAUAACUCGCCAGACAUCUUUACACUUGUGUAAGCGGGAAAAGACUCUACAGCCAUGUCUGUGAACAUCCAUGUCAACAGCCCUAAUGUGAGGUAUACAGAUACACACAUUGUGGCUGAGUAUUCCUAUCAGACCACAUCAGUGAACAGAGAAGGGAACAAAGUCACGGUGACUCCCCGCACCACCCACAUGACAUUUCGCACUGAGAGGCAUGUGCCCCGGCUGGGUGUGAUGCUGGUGGGCUGGGGAGGCAACAAUGGGACGACAGUGACGGCAGCCGUACUGGCCAACAGGCUGGGACUCACCUGGAGGACCAAGACCGGACUGAAGAAAGCAAAUUACUACGGCUCCUUCCUGCAGGCGUCUACAGUUUGUCUGGGAUCAGGGCUCGAGGGUGAGGUCAACGUGCCCUUCCGUGACCUCCUACCCAUGGUGCACCCUGAUGAUAUUGUCUUUGACGGCUGGGACGUGUCCUCAAUGGAUCUGGGUCGCGCGAUGGAGCGAGCGCAGGUUCUCGAUUGGUCAUUACAAGAGCAGCUCCGACCGCUCAUGAGCCGCAUGAAACCCAGACCGUCCAUCUACAUCCCAGAAUUCAUUGCUGCAAACCAGGAGAGCCGAGCCGACAACGUCCUGACUGGGACCCUGGCAGAGCAGGUGGAGCAGAUCCGAGCUGACAUAAGGGACUUCCGUCAGUCGAGCGGUGUGGACAAAGUUAUCGUUCUGUGGACAGCGAACACCGAGCGCUUCUGCGACAUCGUACCAGGGGUCAACGACUCUGCCAAGAACUUGCUAGCUGCAAUCCAGGCUGGAGCCGAGGUUUCCCCCUCCACUCUCUUUGCUGUGGCCAGUAUCCUGGAGGGCUGCGCCUACAUCAAUGGCUCUCCGCAGAACACGUUUGUCCCAGGGGCCGUGGAGCUGGCCACGCAGAGAGGCGUGUUCAUCGGAGGAGAUGACUUCAAAUCCGGUCAGACCAAGAUCAAGUCAGUGCUGGUGGACUUUCUGGUCAGCGCGGGGAUCAAGCCGACCUCUAUUGUCAGCUACAAUCACCUCGGUAACAACGAUGGGAAAAACCUGUCCGCUCCGCAGCAGUUCCGCUCCAAGGAGAUCUCCAAGAGCAACGUGGUAGAUGACAUGGUCCAGUCAAACCCCGUCCUGUACCAGCCUGGAGAGAAACCUGACCACUGUGUGGUGAUUAAGUACGUCCCCUAUGUGGGAGACAGCAAGCGUGCUAUGGAUGAGUACACCUCUGAAAUAAUGAUGGGAGGGAUCAAUACUAUUGCUCUCCACAAUACCUGUGAGGACUCUCUACUAGCCAGCCCAAUCAUCCUGGACCUGGUGAUCCUGACAGAGCUCUGUCAGCGUGUGACUGUCCGGCCCCAGGGGGAGAAGGACUUUCAGUCCUUCCACAGUGUCUUAGCGCUGCUCUCCUUCCUCUGCAAAGCCCCCCUGGUCCCGUCUGGGACCCCGGUCGUCAACGCCUUCUUUCGUCAGAGGGCUUCUAUAGAAAACAUCAUGAGAGCCUGCCUCGGCCUUCCUCCUCAGAACCACAUGCUCCUGGAGCACAAGCUGCAGAAAGACUUCCUGCAUCCACAUACCACCUACAUCAACGGCGAAGAGCCUGCUAUGAAAAAAGCUGCACUCACCAAUGGGAACCAUGUAUCUCUAACAAAUGGUGUCUGUGCACAUAUUGAUGAUGCAGCAUGUGCAUUGAUGAUCGCAAAUACAACAGUAAAGCCCAAAAUAGACCUCAAACUUAAUACAGUUCUAAACUUCAUACCUUGUGUAAAAAGAACAAAGAUCCUCAUAGAUCCAGGUGUCAUCGCAAAAAAACAAUUUUUUUUUGUCAUCGUCAAGAAAGUGGCGUGUGAAGACAACACCCCUCCGAUGAUGAAAUUUACGUCACGUGGACCUCAGUGGACCCUAGCGAACUUGCAGAUGCGGAAAGUAUAACACUGGUUUAACACAGGUCUGCGUUAGGAUGCUCCAUCAGCCUUUGUGUUUAACACUUAAGACUUUGAGUGUUAACAUAUAUAAAUCUUUGUAUUUCUAUGUUUGAUCUAAUCUUUUAUCUUGUGCUGCAAAUACUAGCUUUUUAUGUUCAUUUUUAAUUUAUUUAGGCUAAUAAGACCACUAGCUACUAGCUACAGUGUACUCAGUGCACUGUGGCCAAUUUAGUUAAGCUAGAGAUAAGAUGCAGAUUUUUUUUCUGCACGAUCAAUCAAUUGGUUGAAGAGUGCGUACGAUUUCAGUUGACUCAAGAUUUUCUUUGGUUGACUACAGCCCUAGAGCUUAGCAAGAGACCUGCUGUAUUUACUGCAUUGAUAGAGGUCUGUCUGAAGCCCAUAGACUGCAAUCACCUAUAUAUAGCAUAACACUGUUCAAGGCAGAUUAUUUUGUUCAAGUUUAUUUCACAGUUUUAAGAAUCAAUCAUUAAAUUAUUGUUUUUCUCUAAAUGCAGUGGGUUUUUUUUGUUGUUGUUGUGGUGCUUGUAACUUUAUUCAAGUACUUUUUCAUCUGCAAAUGUAAAGUACAAUUGUAUUGUUCUUUGAAAUUGGUCCACAAGCAAAUGUGUAUUGAUAAACCUACUGUUGCCUUUUUAAAGUCUUUCAUAUGUUUUUAUGUGAAGCUAAAUGACAGAAAAUAUGGAUGUAGUUUUAACUAUUUUGUUAAAGAGUAACUUGGGCUAUUUAUAUACAAUAAAUGUUUAAAUGUUGUUGUUUGAA